GGGCGCGCCGCCGAGGGCACGCCGCACCCCCUGCUGCCGCGCGGACCCCGCGAUCACACCCCCAGAGGGGGCAGGCGCCCGAGGACCCGCCCCGCCCGCUCCACGUUCCCCCCAGGAAGCCGGACUCUAUGGGGCGGGACCCUGGGGGACACUGAGCCCAGCCCGGCGCCGGCCCCGAGCCCUGAGCCUCCAGCCCGGGGCGCCCCGGGAGCAGCCAGCCCGCGGGCGCGCCGCCCGCCCGCCCAGCAGCCAUGAGCGAGACGGUCAUCUGCUCCAGCCGGGCCACUGUGAUGGUUUACGAUGACAGCAACAAGCGAUGGUUGCCUGCUGGCACGGGCCCCCAGGCCUUCAGCCGAGUCCAGAUCUACCACAACCCCACGGCCAAUUCCUUCCGCGUCGUUGGCAGGAAGAUGCAGCCAGACCAGCAGGUCGUCAUCAACUGUGCCAUCAUCCGGGGCGUCAAGUAUAACCAGGCCACUCCCAACUUCCACCAGUGGCGUGAUGCCCGCCAGGUCUGGGGCCUCAACUUCGGGAGCAAGGAGGACGCCGCGCAGUUUGCCGCGGGCAUGGCCAGCGCGCUAGAGGCCCUGGAAGGAGGAGGGCCUCCACCCCCGCCACCACCGGCAGCCCCUCCCGCCUGGUCAGUUCAGAACGGUCCCUCCCCUGAGGAGCUGGAGCAGCAGAAAAGGCAGCAGCCGGGCCAGCCAGAGUACGCGGAGCGGGAGCGCCGGGUCUCCAAUGCAGGAGGCCCACCUACUCCCUUAGCUGGGGGACCACCCCCACCUCCAGGACCUCCACCUCCUCCGGGUCCCCCCCCACCCCCUGGUCUGCCCCCCUUGGGGGGCUCCACCGCGGGGCAUGGAGCCGGGGGAGGUCCACCCCCUGCUCCCCCCCUCCCCACAGCACAAGGCCCCAGUGGUGGUGGGGCUGGGGCCCCCGGCCUGGCCGCGGCCAUAGCGGGAGCCAAACUCAGGAAAGUCAGCAAGCAGGAGGAGGCCUCAGGGGGUCCCCCAGCCCCCAAAGCUGAGAGCAGUCGAAGCACAGGUGGGGGUCUCAUGGAAGAGAUGAAUGCCAUGCUGGCCCGAAGAAGGAAAGCCACACAAGUUGGGGAGAAACCCGCCAAGGAUGAAUCUGCCAAUCAGGAGGAGCCAGAGGCCAGAGUCCCAGCCCAUACUGAAUCAGUGCGGAGACCAUGGGAGAAGAACAGCACAACCUUGCCAAGGAUGAAGUCGUCUUCUUCGGUGACCGCUUCCGAGGCCCACCCCCAUACGCCCAGCUCCAGUGAUGAAUCAGACCUGGAGAGAGUGAAACAGGAGCUUCUGGAAGAGGUGAGGAAGGAACUGCAGAAAGUAAAAGAGGAAAUAAUUGAAGCCUUUGUCCAGGAGCUCAGGAAGCGGGGUUCCCCCUGACCACAGGGCCCAGAAGGUCCCGUUUCUCCUUUCCGCACACCCCGCCUGUCACCCUGCUUUCCCUGCAGCGACUUGACUUGGAAUUGGCUGAAGACUACACAGGAAUGCAUCUUCCCCACUCCCCAUGCACUUGGAAAAUUCCGAGGGGGUGUGGCUUCCCUGGCACCACGCCCACACCCAUACUGGCUGCUGAUUGGCUGGGGAGGCCCCCGCCCUUUGCUCCCUUUGGUCCUUCCCCUCUGCCAUCCCCUUGGGGCUGGUUCCUCUGCUGGGGAUGUACCAAUUAACCCCACAGUGAGGGGGAAGGAAAGAGGGAAUUUCACAUUCCCUUCUAGGUUCACUUUAACGCUUAAUGCCUUCAAAUUUUUGUUUUUUUAAGAAAAAAAAGUAUAUAUAUAUAUUUAGGUUUUGGGGGGGUAAAGGGAAAUUUUUUUUCUCUUUGGUUUUGAUAAAAUGGGGUAUGGGGAGUUUUUAAAUGCUAUCGCCCCAGGCUUGUCCCAUGUGGGGCAGCUAUUUAAGGGGGGGACGUCCCACCAGGCUGGGGGCACCUCCCCACACCCUGGGGACCUCCCUUUCCUCUGGCUCCUUCCCCUUUUCUAUGAGGAAUUAAGAUGCUGUAACUUUUUGGAACCUCAGUUUUUUGGUUUUUUAUUUGGGUAGGUUUUGGGGUCCGGGCCGUUUUUACCCCCUAGGGAAAAUAAGAUGAGGGAGAGAGGAAAAGGGGAGGGAACCUCCCCUCUCGCACCUUCACCUUUAGCUUCUUGAAAAUGGGCCCCUGCGGAAUAAAUCUGCCAGUUUUUAUAAA